GGGGGCUGGGUGUGUGUGUGUGGGGCUGUGUGUGUUGCUGCUGCUGCUGCCGCCUCGCUCUCUCACUCACUCACUCACUCAUUCACGCACACUCACAGCAGAAGGGAGAUAAGGGGACGAGCGAUGAGUGCACGCCGCCGGCCCCAGCCGCCGCUCCGCCCGAGCGGCUCCGCGCUACCCGCUGCCGAGUGAAGGGGAGAGUGAGCCCCGCGGGGCAAGCAGGCAGGCAGGCGGGCAGCAACGGCGGAGAGGCGCUCCCUCACACCGGCACCUCUCUGCUGCAAGAGCACCAUCGCAAAGAAAGCCAAGUGGGGCAAAACAACACAGCGACCAUCCUCUCUCUCUCUAUUCCCUCCCUCCCUCCCUCCCUCCCUCCGACCAGCGGAUACAACAAGCCAGAUUGCAGCUUCCAACAACCCCCAGUGUGCAUUUUAUUCCUUUUUAUAUAUUUUUGCACCUUCAGCUACUUAAAAAAAAAAAAAAAAACCCACACCAGACUUAAAUCAUCUAUUUGCAAAGAAGCGAGGAGAAGAAAUCAACCUGCAUCAAAUGUCGUGGAGCUGAUUUUGGAUAUUAUAUCACCCCUCCCCUUCCCUUUUCCCCUCUCGCCAACAAUUUUUUUAACAAUCUUUUUGGUGCAUUUAAAUAUGUUUGCUUGCUGGCUGACUUUUGCACUUUGGGCAACUUUCUGUACAGGUCCGGGCCAGGGAGAAGCGGAGACCAGGACGUGCGAGUACUACAAUGCGAACCACGAGCUGGAAAAGACCAACAAGAGCGGGGUGGAGCACUGCGAGGGUGAGAAGGACAAGAGGCUCCAUUGCUACGCUUCCUGGAGGAACAAUUCCGGCUCAAUUGAACUGGUCAAGAAGGGCUGCUGGCUGGAUGAUUACAACUGCUACGACAGAGUGGAGUGCGUCGCCACGGAGGAGAACCCACAUGUCUUCUUCUGCUGCUGUGAAGGCAACUACUGCAACGACAAGUUUUUCCACUUCCCGGAGACGGUACCAGAAGUUGUGUUUGAGCCUCCACCACCCACGCCAUCGCUGCUGAAUAUCCUGGUGUACGCGCUGCUCCCCAUCACCGGGCUCUCCGUCAUCAUCCUGCUGGCGUUCUGGAUGUACCGGCACCGCAAGCCGCCGUACGGUCAUGUGGACCUGAACGAGGACCCAAGCCUGCCGUCGCCAUCGCCCCUGGUGGGUCUGAAGCCCCUGCAGUUGCUGGAGAUCAAAGCCAGGGGGCGCUUUGGCUGUGUGUGGAAGGCACAGCUGAUGAACGAUUAUGUGGCUGUAAAGGUUUUCCCCAUCCAGGACAAGCUUUCGUGGCAGAAUGAGCGGGACAUCUACACCACGCCUGGCAUGAAGCACGAGAAUGUCUUGCGAUACAUUGGAUCUGAGAAGCGCGGCUCCAACCUCGAGUCUGAGCUGUGGCUCAUCUCUACCUUCCACGAACGGGGUUCGCUGUCGGACUACCUGAAGGGGAGCGUGCUCAGCUGGAACGACUUGGGUCACAUCGCCGAGACCAUGGCGUGUGGACUAUCGUUCCUUCACGAAGACAUCCCUCGGUGGAAAGGAGAGGGCCCAAAGCCGGCGAUUGCCCACAGGGAUUUCAAAAGCAAGAACGUGCUCCUGAAGACCGACCUAUCCGCGUGCAUCGCCGACUUCGGGCUGGCCGUCAGGUUCGAAGCUGGGAAACCCCCUGGGGAUACGCACGGACAGGUCGGAACGCGAAGGUAUAUGGCCCCUGAAGUACUGGAAGGGGCAAUCAACUUCCAGCGAGAUGCCUUCCUCAGGAUAGACAUGUAUGCCAUGGGGCUGGUGCUCUGGGAGACGAUCAUGAGGUGUACUGCAGCUGAUGGGCCCAUUGACGAGUACACUCUGCCAUUUGAGGAGGAGAUCGGUCAGCACCCGACACUGGAGGACCUACAAGACGUGGUGGUCCACAAGAAGUUGAGGCCCGUCCUGAGAGAAUGCUGGUACAAGCAUCCGGGGCUGGCCCUGUUCUGCGAGACCAUUGAGGAGUGUUGGGACCAUGACGCGGAGGCCCGUCUCUCUGCCGGCUGUGUGGUGGAACGCAUCGCCCAGACCCGUCGGCUGAUCAACGGCACCACUACCUCGGACGUGCUGACCAGCCGCGUCUCCACCCUCACCAACGUGGACCUGCCCUCCAAAGAGUCCAGCAUCUGAGCCCCACCUUCACCAUACCCGCUGGCAUCAGAUGGAACCCACAACACAAAGCUGCUACUCCUCCACCCUCCCCCACUCCCGGUCGCUCUCAUCGGACCUUUUGUUUUAACCAGCGCACACAUACACGCCGGCAUGCGUGCACACACACGUUAACUCUACUGUAUUUAUGGGGCAUCCCGAAUGGAGGAGCGUUCAGGUACCGGCCGGGAAUGCAGCAAAAAAAAUAACCCAACAACCCCCCCUCUCACAAGGUGCAGGAACCUCAGACAGGACUUCAUCUCAGCCCUUAUAUGUGUGUGGGGGGAGUGUGUUUUUAUUAUUUUUCCGCUUUCUCCCCCUCCUCCCCACCUACUUGUGGUUUGACCUGAAUCCUCAACUUUGUGACUUGUUUGUGACUUUAAAAAAAAAAAAAAAAAAAAAUCAGAAAAAUUUGUGGGAAGUGAGGCAGAAAAAUAACCUGCACCACC